CCUCUCUCUCACGAGAUUACAUGACCUAUCUAGCGAUUGCAUGUGAUUUCUCUCUCUCGCUGUAGAGAUUGCAUAAAUCCCUCCCCCCUUUCCCCGGCAAAAGAUUGCAUGGGUUUCACUCUCUCUCUAAAGAUUGCAUAGGGUUUUUCUCUCUUUAAGGAUUGCAUGCUCUCUCUCAAAAUCAAGUAUAAAAGGGAGAGCCAUGUAAAGAGGAGGUAGAUAAAGGAUGGAUCCCUCUAUCAGGAAAGAUGUAUCGCUCAAGGAGUUGCAAGACAGGCUUGCAGAGUUUGCAAGAGCAAGAGGAUGGGAUCAGUUCCAUAGCCCUAGGAACCUCCUCUUAGCCCUUGUGGGUGAGGUUGGUGAGCUCUCAGAGAUAUUCCAAUGGCGAGGGGAAGUGGCGAGGGGGCUUCCGAAUUGGUCGUCUUCGGAUAAGGAACACCUCGGAGAGGAGCUCUCUGAUGUGCUCCUUUACCUGGUCCGCUUGGCCGACAUUUGUGACCUCGACUUGGCCCAAGCAGCGCUCAUGAAGAUCGGCAAGAAUGCAGAGAAAUACCCUGUUGGAAACUCUUCUCCUUCAUUCUCCACCAACUAGUCUCUCUCCCUCUCUCUCUCUCUCUCUCUCUAAGUUAUCACUCUAUCUUCAAUCAAUCUUCUUUGUCUACCAAUUAGUCUCUCUCAGACAUUCCAUUCUAUCUUCAAUCAUUCUUCAUUGUCCACCAACCAGGAUCUAUCUCUCUCUGUCUCUCUCUCUCUCUCUGUAAGUUAUCACGCUAUUUUCAAUCAAUCUUCAUUUUCUAGCAACUAGGAUCUCUCCUCUCUCUCUGUCUCUGUAAGUUAGCACUCCAUUUUCAAUCAAUCUUCAUUGUCUAGCAACUAGGAUCUCUCUCCUCUCUCUUUCUCUCUCUCUCUCUCUCUAAAUUAUCAUUCUAUCUUCAAUCAAUCAUAAUUGUGUAGCACCUAGGCUCUCUCUCUCUCUCUCUAAGUUAUCAUUCCAUCUUCAAUCAGUUUUCAUUGUCCAGCAACCAGGUUCUCCCUCUCUCUUCUCCAAGUUAUCCCAUCAAUCAAUCUUUCAUUUCAUUGUCUACCAACUAGGAUCUCUCUCUCUCUCUCUCUUUCUCUCUCUCUAACAUAUUGUUAACCCCCUUCUUCAAGUUUCACUAGAGUCCGAACCAGUGUGAGCAAAGUAAUGGUUAAGUUUUAUUUUAAGGUUAUUGGUGGUUAGCUGUAAUUCUUCUAGGAAACGAUGUGCCUUCCUUCAUCUUCCCUACCUUUUUAUCAGGUAUUUGUAAGAUGUUGUGUACCCAACUACUCUCUCUCUCUCCUCUGUCUGUCUCUCUCACUCUAUCUCUCAGGCGAGCUUUUAUUCAGGCAUCUGUAACAUGUGUGCCCAAGUACUCCUCUCUCUCUCUCUCUCUCUACAUAAAGCGGGGCGAAAACCUACCUCUAACCCCACUUCUUAAUGCUUGUUGGAGUAGUAGAAUCCUACUUGUAUUUUACAUUCGAAAUGGAUAGUGCUUUUGAA